UGGAGCAGUCGUUUUGGGGCCGACACCGCGUCGUGGUCGUCGCUGGCGGAGGGACACAUAUACUCGCAUAUAGAGUUUAUUCGCGGAUCCAUAUAGUAUACGCCUCGGUGGAAUAGAUGGGGAACAUUCUUGUUAAAAGUGCUAAUAAAUUGACUGCGGCAGCGUUAUGAAAUUCGAAAGGGUUCGGCGUGCGAAUUGCGGCUGCCAUUUGUGAUAAAUCCCGAACUGCGGAAGAUAGUGCUUAAAUAAACCCCCCCCCAGCAUUCCCUCGAGUGUUGUGCCGUGCAAUUAGAUGUACAUAAAUUGGCGGAGGGGGGACUCCGAUUCACAAUCUGCGAACCCACUCUCGCACCCACCGGAGAGCUGGAUCGAGGCGAUAGAACACAAAUUUUAAAGCCGACUAUCAACAAGUUGAGGCAGAGAGUUCACAGCUUUUAGAGUGCUCUUGAUUUCUUGUUGUGACUUUUGAGAUUUGGGGAAAAUUGUGCAUCUGAAAUCGUGAAGCCGGCUCUUCAAGCACAAUGCGUCGGAAAAAAGUGGAAUACCGUGUGAAGCAGACGCCGACGCGACCGCUGCAGAUGGCCGGCCGGAUUGGGGCCCUCGAGGAGGACAUGCCGCCAGAGGAUGAGCUGACGGCCCACUAUGAGGCGUUCGGCACCACGCCACCCCGCACUAGGCUCAAAAUCAAAAACCGCGACUGGGAACGCAAGCAGAAGGUGGCCAAUGUGGCGGCUUCCACAGACUUACCGGCCAGUGCCAGUGGCACCCCCAAGAAGGGCAUGACUAGGAUGGCCCGCUCCCGUGUCCUGCGGCGCAACACCAUGGACUGUGCUCUCCUCAACGAAAUGUUCGUAAACGAGGAGAACAAGCGGACGGACAAGCGGUUGCAGUCCCUUCUCCGCGACUCGGAGAGGGAGAUGAAGAAUUCGCUGGCCACGACGGCCGUGGCGCCGCCCCGUGGCAACAGCUUCCAUGAGACUGCCAAUCCGCUCGAGUCGCUGGAUAAGAUCAUGCCUCUCAGUUCGGACAAUGCGCCUCCCAUCCCGCUGCGCAUCGCCUCCAAGGUGGUGGAGAGCUGUAAUCGGUAUCGCUGCGUGUCGUCGCGCCCCAUUGGCUACCGAUCCUCUGCUCCUCCGCUGGCUUUUGCCGCCCAACUGCCAGCAGGCUUGCUGAGGCCCGAUGGGAGAGCCUCCGCUGGACUGGGAAAACGCAAGGACUUCCAUGAGACGUUCGCCAAUCUGAUCAAGCUAGGCAGUGUCGACCGGCAGGAUGCCAAGCCCUCCCAGGAGGAGCACACCUGGCAAACGGAGCUCAAGGAUCUCAUCUGGCUGGAGUUGCAGGCUUGGCAGGCUGAUCGAACUGUCGAGCAGCAGGACAAGUAUUUGUUUGAGGCACGUCAGGGUGUCUCCGAUCUGCUCACUCAGAUCAUCAGCUACAAGUUCCAGCCACGAUAUCGUCGGGAGCCGAGCCUAAUCAGCCUGGAUAGUGGAAUUCACUCCGACAGCAAUUCCAAUGCCAGCUCUCCUCUGCCCAGCAAACUGUGCCAGGGCUGCUUGUCCUUGUACUGCAAGGACUGCAUGGACAACCAGGAGUUGGCUUUGCGCGAGGUGGAGGGCAUGCUGACACGGUUGGAGGCAGCGGAGGCUCUGUAUCCCUCUUCUCAGGCCAUGGGAGCACUGCAUCCCAUCUACAAGUCGCAGAGCUUCGUGGGGCGCAUAAAGUCCAUGUGCCUCUGGUACAAUAUUACGAAGCAGAACAAGCUCAAGCUCAGUAUUUUGGGCAAAAUCCUGGCCAGGCUGCAGGAUGAGAAGUUUUCUUGGCCAGUUUGCACUUCAUCCUACAUCGCCUCCGACAGCGGCAACUCGUCUGCCUCAGGUGUGGAGAACGACGAUUCGGCAGUCAACUCGAUGGACUCCUCCAAGCCGCCCAGCGUUGCAGGAUCAGUUUCGCGCAAAGGUUGCCGCAACGGAAGCGUAACAGCCUGCCACAAAGUGCAGUUUAUGCUGAACGAUGAGACGCAUGUGCCUGGAGAGACCUCCAGUAGCAAUGAAUCCACUUCCACGGAGAUUAGCCAGCUGUCGAGCGAGUGCUCGCACGGGCAGUUGCGCAAGGGUUCCAUGCAUGACAUCAACAUCUUCAGUGUGGAGCCGUUGGGCACGUGCAGCAACGACGGCAGUGGAGAACAGUCAUCCGCUCUGUACCGCAAGUUCAUCGAAAAUGUAUUAAAGAGCCGAGGACUGGCCAAGUCCUUGGCCUUCCUCCACAAGCUACACAACGUGGCUCUGUACAAGGCACACAUUGCUCUGGAAAAGCCCGGAAUCGACGACUUCGACACCGAAUCGGAUGCCGAGUCAAUUGAAGAGGAUGUGCCACGGCUGGAUCCGCAGAUCAGUCGCGAGCAGGUUGUGGAGCUGCGCACCUACGGCUACUGGAGCGAGGAGGCGCAGUCCAUCAAUUUGCCGUCUUACAUUCCAACCUUUGUGUUUCUGAGCGGCAUUCCCUUGCAAUUCAUGCACGAGUUCCUGCGCAUGCGCCUGGAAACGCGACCAGUCCGACCAAAUCCCCUGAGUCUGGAGCAGCUGAUGAAGGAGCUGCGGGAGGGCCUGACACUGGCAUUGACUCAUCGGGAGCGCUAUCAGCGUCACAUCACCACGGCCCUGGUGGAGAAUGAGGCGGAGCUGGGCAGUUACAUUAGCAUUUUGAAUCACUAUGAUGCCACCGUUAGGAAAACGUUCGAGUUGUAUCUGGACUAUAUCGAUCAGUUGGUUCUGGUGGCUGUUCCCGAGGGAAACCAGAAGUCUGUGCUGGAGAAGGAGUGGAUGUUCACGAAACUAAUCAGUCCAAUGAUAACCGGAAUGCACACUCUGGCCUCGCAGAAGUUCUGUGGGAUCAUCAGCAAGUUGUUGCGAAAUAUCUCAGAGCGCCUGGUCAAAAGAACCGAGGAGCUGGACAAGCAGAUCGAGGUCACCGCUGACAGCGAUGACAGCGAGGAGGUCAAGUGGCAACUGCUGACCAUAUGCCGGGAGACCCAACAGCUGCUAACCGUUGAAAGGGAGCGCUCCAUCAAGGUUCUGUUCUUUGCCAAGACCUUCUGUCGGGACGUCGAGACGACGGACUUCCAUAGGGAGCACUAUGAGCACGAUGUGGCCAACCAUCAACACGAUUUCAUCUGCUCGGAUGUAAAAGCGGCGUUUAAACUCUUACAGCACGAUGUCCUGGAGGUGCGCAACAAACUGACGUCCAUCAUCCUUGGCGUUCAAAACCGCUGCUGCCUCAGCAACAUGCGAGACCUCGAUGAGCAGGACAAGCUGGCGGUGUUGUCGCGAUCGCGCGAAAUUCUGCACCAGGGUUACAAGUUUGGUUUCGAGUACCACAAGGACGUGAUCCGGUUGUUCGAGCAGCGCAUCAUGGACCAGAAGGACAGCGGUGCUUACACGGUUGAUCUGGCACUGGGCAUUAUUUCCUAUGCCAAGAUGUGGAUGCACUUCGUGAUGGAACGCUGCGAACGAGGUCGUGGCAUGCGUCCCCGUUGGGCCUUCCAGGGCCUCGAGUUCCUUAUUCUUGCCUGCGAUCCGCAGAUCACCCAGCACCUGGACGAGCACCAGUUCGAGGAGCUCAAACAGCAAAUGGACCGCUGUAUAUCGCACGUAAUUGGCAUCACCUCGGAGCCGGAGAAGGUGGCCAAAAAGAAAGCUUCGCCACGCACGAGAAAGACCUCCUCACCGGCCACCUCACGCUCGAGAACACCAACCCGAACUCCUAUGUCUGCGGGAGUCGUCCUGAACCCAAACACACCGCCACUUCAGUCGCCGCCGUAUAACAAACUUCUGCACCCGCAGUUUAGCUUAAAAGAGGACAUGCUUCAGCAGUCUGGAAACACCUAUAGCUCCAUAGAUAGCACCGACUACGUAGACACGCCCUGUCAAAGAAGUCCCAACGGAGAGCUCCGAUUACUUGUUCCCCAAACGCCGCCCACACCGGCCUCUUCCGGAAAAGGCAGCAUCGAGAGUACCCCCUUGGCUUUGCGGCAGGAACGGGUGAGAGAUGCGGUAAACCGUCUGGACUUGGAUCUGGAGGAGAGGUUACGGGAGCGCAGGCUCAUAGGCCAAGUGAAGGCCCUAAACUCCACCGACAAGGUGCACAUAAGGGCACGUAGUGUCAACUUCAGGUGGCAUCGCGGAAUCAAGAUUGGUCAGGGCCGGUUCGGCAAGGUCUAUACGGCUGUUAACAACAACUCGGGCGAGCUGAUGGCCAUGAAGGAGAUCGCCAUCCAGCCGGGAGAGACGCGCGCCCUGAAGAACGUGGCCGAGGAGCUAAAGAUUCUCGAAGGCAUCAAGCAUAAAAAUCUGGUGCGUUACUACGGCAUUGAGGUGCACCGCGAAGAGUUGCUCAUCUUCAUGGAGCUGUGCUCUGAGGGAACUCUGGAAUCGCUAGUAGAGUUAACCGGAGGUCUGCCGGAGGCCUUGGCCCGACGGUUUACCGCCCAGCUACUGUCCGGUGUGGCCGAGCUCCACAAGCACGGAAUCGUGCAUCGCGACAUCAAGACUGCGAACAUCUUCCUGGUCGACGGCAGCAACAGCCUGAAGCUGGGUGACUUUGGAUCGGCGGUAAAGAUCCAGGCCCACACCACGGUGCCUGGGGAACUGCAGGGCUACGUGGGCACACAGGCCUACAUGGCGCCGGAGGUGUUUACCAAGACGAACAGUGACGGACAUGGCCGAGCAGCCGAUAUCUGGUCGGUGGGCUGCGUGGUGGUGGAGAUGGCCUCGGGCAAGCGUCCUUGGGCCCAGUUUGAUUCCAAUUUCCAGAUCAUGUUCAAGGUGGGCAUGGGCGAGAAGCCGCAAGCUCCGGAGAGCCUCUCUCAAGAGGGACACGACUUUAUUGACCACUGUUUGCAGCACGAUCCCAAGCAGCGUUUAACGGCCGUGGAGCUUCUGGAGCAGAACUUUUGCAAGUAUGGCCGAGACGAGUGCAGCAGCGAGCAGUUGCAAGUGCAGGUGCGCGGCUCCUUCCGGCGGAAUGUGGCAACCAGCUAAUUUUGGCCACGGUGCUUAAAUAUCGAACACCUCCGUUUGUUUUAUUGACCACACCCGUACAUAUGACCCAAGCAUAUGCACACCGGUGGGCAGUUAUGUCUAGUGUCUAGUUUAUGUGAAUGUCAUCGCCUAGUUUUAUGUUGGACAUUAUAUAACCCGUAUGAAGUAAACACAACAAACACACCUUA